AUGCUUUUGAUCGCGGAACUCGACAAGUCCUACGCACUGGUCAGCGUGGUCUUGGAUUCGGGCGAUGGUGUGACCCAUGUUGUUCCCAUAUAUGAAGGGUAUGCGCUUCCGCAUUCCAUCCUCCGUUUGGACCUUGCCGGGAGGGACUUGACCUCUCAGCUUGUCAAGAAUCUUACAGAAAGAGGAUAUAAAUUCACAACCACUGCUGAGCACGAAGUCGUCCGGGAUAUCAAAGAGAGGCUUUGUUAUGUAGCUCUUGACUUUGAGCAGGAACUUCAAACUGCCGCGCGCUCCUCUGCCCUGGAGAAGAAUUAUGAACUACCAGAUGGACAGGUUAUCACCAUUGGGAACGAAAGAUUCCGAGCGCCUGAAGCACUUUUCCAACCGCACAUGGUGGGCCUUGAGGCUUCGGGAAUUCACGAAACUGUAUACGAUUCAAUCUUCAAAUGUGACCUCGAUGUUCGCCGCGAACUCUAUUCCAACAUCGUCCUAUCUGGAGGGACCACAAUGUUCCCUGGAUUGGCUGACCGUAUGCAAAAAGAGAUCACUUCUCUCGCUCCUGCUAGCAUGAAGGUCAAGAUCGUUGCCCCACCUGAACGGAAAUAUUCUGUCUGGAUUGGGGGAUCGAUUCUGGCUUCAUUAUCGACCUUCCAGAACCUUUGGAUCUCCAAGCAAGAAUACGACGAAUCGGGUCCUGGAAUAGUUCAUCGCAAGUGUUUCUGAACGAACUCUAUAUUAGAAUUGUAGUAUGGUAACACCCAAGGUUGUUUUAAACCAAACAAUUAGCAAUUGUCCGAGUCGUAUCUUGGAGUUGCUGUACAUGUAGAAGUGACGGUCCCCAACCUUCUUCAUGACGUGUUUGAAAGCUUCAGCGCUUCAGUAACGGAGUCCUCAGAUCUCAGAACUUCGGUUUUUAUAAAACUGUUCCUCGAAUUCUUGCUCAGUGACUUUGACGUCGAUCGGUUAACAGGUUUCGGAAUAAAUCUUCCUUCUUUUUCUCUUU